GUGAUGAGGAGGGGUCUGGCUCUCCUCGGCCUGGCCUUCCUGUGGCUGCUCCCGUCUGGGCGUCCUCAGCAGACGGCGGAAGACGCCUGUUCCCUGCACAUCCUCGUCCCGGGCCUCAAAGGGGAUGCCGGACAGAAGGGGGACAAAGGUGCACCCGGACGGCCCGGAAGAGUCGGCCCCACGGGAGAGAAAGGAGACAUGGGUGACAAAGGACAGAAGGGCAGUGUGGGUCGCCAUGGAAAAAUUGGUCCCAUUGGUUCUAAAGGUGAAAAAGGAGAUUCUGGUGACAUAGGGCCCCCCGGCCCUAAUGGAGAACCAGGUCCCCAGGCGGUGGCAGCCAUCUAG